AAUGGUGAUAAUAAUGAUGAUUGUAAUGAUAGCAGUGGUAGUAAUUUAUGUAAAACUGCUUGUACGAAAUAUAAUGAUUGGAUCAAAUCAAAAAAAACAGAAUGGGAUGGGAUGAGCAAAUAUUACGAAGAUGUUAAAGGUAUGGACCAAUAUAGUUCUCCAGACGGUGUAGACUAUCAUGCAGUCAGUCAACCUACAGCAAUUAAAUAUUUGAACCAAAAAUGUAAUAAAGAAAUAGAUGGGAAAGAUAAUUGUUGUCAUUGUCAAAAACUUGGUAAAGACAAUACGUCGACGUCUCCACAAACUAAUAAUGACCCACUCGAACAUAUGGAAAAAGUAGU